AUUGGCCGCGGCCGGGGAAAAACCCGGAUGCGCUGGGCAGCAGUGUUGGCAGUCGUGGCUCCGAGAUUUGGGCACUUUUGGGGGUGCUGGUGGCCCGGGCCGAUGGCGCAAGGUUGGGCAGGCUUCUCUGAGGAGGAACUGAGGAGACUAAAGCAGACUAAAGAUCCAUUUGAACCACAGCGACGUUUCCCCGCGAAGAAAAGUCGACAACAACUUCAGCGAGAAAAAGCCCUUGUAGAGCAGAGCCAAAAACUUGGGCUUCAAGAUGGAUCAACCUCAUUACUUCCAGAGCAGCUGCUUUCAGCACCAAAACAGAGAGUUAACGUUCAAAAACCACCUUUUUCUUCCCCUACUCUUCCAAGUCAUUUCACUCUCACCUCUCCUGUUGGUGAUGGACAACCACAAGGCAUUGAAAGUCAGCCAAAGGAACUGGGACUUGAGAAUUCCCAUGAUGGUCACAACAAUGUUGAGAUUCUACCUCCAAAGCCAGAUUGCAAAUUGGAGAAAAAGAAAGUGGAAUUGUUAGCAAGAAAAAUCUCGUUGGGAAGUCCUCCAACAAGAACAACGGCUAAUGGAAGAGAAAAAUAAACGUAAAAAAGCUCUUUUGGCUAAGGCUAUUGCAGAAAGAUCCAAAAGAACUCAGGCAGAGACCAUGAAACUAAAGCGGAUCCAGAAGGAGUUGCAGGCUUUAGAUGACAUGGUGUCAGCUGACAUUGGAAUUCUCAGGAACCGGAUUGAUCAGGCCAGCUUAGACUAUUCAUAUGCUCGGAAGCGGUUUGACAGGGCUGAAGCAGAGUACAUUGCAGCAAAGCUAGAUAUACAGCGCAAGACUGAGAUAAAAGAGCAACUCACUGAACACCUUUGUACGAUCAUACAGCAAAAUGAGCUCCGAAAGGCCAAGAAGUUGGAGGAGUUGAUGCAACAACUAGAUGUACAAGCCGAUGAAGAUACUUUGGAGCUUGAGGUGGAGGUCGAGAGAUUGUUACACGAACAAGAAGUAGAAUCAAGGAAACCAGUGGUUCGCUUAGAGAGGCCAUUUCAGUCUGCGGAGGAGAGUGUGACAUUAGAAUUUGCUAAAGAGAACAAAAAGUGUCAAGAACAAGGUGUUUCCCCAAAGAUAGACGAACAGUGUGGAAAUUCCAGUAGCAUCCCCUUUCUUAGUCCAAACUGCCCAAAUCAAGAAGGUAAUGACAUUUCAGCUGUUUUGGCCACAUGAAGUUCUGAUAUUCUUUUGAGCUAAUAUGGUAUUGAGUAAAGUAUACUUUUUGCAGUAGAUAAUGCCCUGACCUCAAUAAAAACCUCUUUAAAACAAUGUUGAUUUUUGAAUUAAUGAUUAGUUUUAGUAAAUUAAUAUGUUUGGCCAUUCUAAAAUCCAAAAUUAUGAUAAUUUUAUUUCUAGGGGUAUGUUUCACCUUGAUUUUGGCCCAGUUCUUUCAGUGUUCCGUUUACCCUUUUUACUGAAUUAAAGUAAGUGACCUAAAAGGAUGGAAGAAAAACUACAUGGUUGGAGUGUUUUUAGAUCCGAUAAAUAUACAAAAGUAAAAUGGAAAAUGAUACUCAAUACCUAGUUGAACUCAUUUCACUUCUGCUGGGAGACGUAUUAAGACUGGAAGUCCUAUUUUAUUUAAUCAGUAUCAGUAAAAAGACAAAAAUUACAGUGUGAACAAGAGAAAAACAGGAAUAGAAGAAAAAAGUUGCAGGUUGAAUUAUCUAUCUGGGUAUUACUAGAGUUGUAAAACACAACUUGGAAGUUGGAAUUUAUGUGAAGAACCAGACAACUGAAGCCAGCAUCACUUUUGUCUUCAAUUUGCCUUCAAAUGGUUUUAGUUUACAACCUGCGUUUUGUUAUUUGAAACACACACACACGCAUAUAUAAACAUAUAUGUAAUUUUACUAUUGUCUUUCCUUUAAUCAAUGAAUUAAAUUUAGACAAAACAUUUCUAAAGUGAGGCUGAAAAUAAUAUAGAAAAUCUCAUUGCUACUUGUGAUUAUCAAAAAAAGUAUGUAUUUUCUUUCUAAAGUUAUCUAUAAAUAUGUGUUUGAUAUGUUGGACGUGACUUACCCUGUCAUGAAGCAUUUAAAUUGUUAAAAUGCUGAUUUUCUUAUUAGUUUGUUAAUUGCCUGUUACUAGUACUUGACCAAUACAUUGUGCUAUAUGUAAAUGUGUAAAUAAAUAUUGUAAUUUUCUCACAAA